UUGUCUUCCUUCCCUCCAAUCAUUUUACUCUGUUUUCUUUUCCAUUUUCUCUUUUCUUCUCAAUAUUUUCCGGGAAAAUUUCUUCACUCUAAACUCUUUCUCUCAGUUUUCCCGGCGACACAAGAGGAAGUUGAAGAGUAUAAGGAAUUAAUUUCUCUGCUUCUACGAAAUCUCUUUCUCUUCCCUUUACCUUCUUACUUUCCGUGAUCAUCUCAAACUCUUCUUCAACAACUACUUCAAUAUCCAUCAUCACCCAUGAUUUUCCUCUAACAUCUUCUUCAUCUUCCUCUUCUUCAGUUUAACAAGAAAAGCCACUGAAAAUGGACAAACUUUCGGGGGAUUCUUUGCCAGCUCAUGGUGCUGCAGGGCUGUCUGGGAUUUCCUCACUUAAUAUUCCAAAUAAAGGGGGAAGCAGUGCAUGGAGGAUACCGCACACGACUGAUAUAUUUCACGAAUCAAAUGAUGUUAGCCUUUUUUCGACUUCCCUGCCUGUUCUUCCACAUGAAAAGCUAAAUUUAACUGAUUCUGAACAAGAUUCCGAACAAUCUGGUCAACCGGUGGAUGAUAACUUGCUAACAUUAGGCAAAGUUCAUAAAGAGGAUGAAGGAAAUGAUCUUUUUGAUGAUUUUGAAACCAUGCUUCCUGAUGAUGAAGACGAGCUUUUAGCUGGGAUAAUGGAUGAUUUUGACCUUCGUAGGUUACCAAAUCAACUGGAGGAUUUGGAUGAAAAUGAUCUGUUUGUUAAUGGAGGAGGAUUUGAAAUGGAUUUUGAACCACAAGAGGGUCUUAGUUUUGGUAUUUCAAAGAUGAGUAUAUCUGAUGGAAUUGCUUCCAAUGGCAUUGGACCUUACGCAAUCCCAAAUGGCGUGGGUACAGUGGCUGGGGAGCAUCCCUAUGGUGAGCAUCCAUCAAGGACAUUGUUUGUUCGAAACAUCAACAGUAAUGUUGAGGACUCUGAAUUAAGAACACUAUUUGAGCAAUAUGGGGAUAUCAGAACUUUGUACACAGCAUGCAAGCACAGGGGAUUCGUGAUGAUAUCUUACUAUGACAUUCGAGCUGCUCGUACUGCAAUGCGUGCUUUACAAAACAAACCUUUGAGACGAAGAAAACUUGAUAUCCAUUUUUCAAUUCCUAAGGAUAACCCCUCGGAAAAAGAUAUAAACCAAGGAACCCUCGUAGUAUUCAACUUAGAUCCAUCGGUAUCAAAUGACGACCUUCGCCAAAUUUUUGGGGCUUAUGGUGAGGUCAAGGAGAUCAGGGAAACACCACAUAAGAGACACCAUAAAUUUAUUGAAUUUUAUGAUGUUAGAGCAGCAGAUGCAGCUCUUAAAGCAUUAAAUCGAAGUGACAUUGCUGGCAAACGCAUAAAACUUGAACCUAGCCGCCCUGGUGGAGCUCGCAGAAACUUGAUGCAACAACUGAGUCAAGAACUGGAACAAGAUGAAGCACGGACUUUUAGGAGUCAAGUAGGUUCGCCUAUAGCCAAUUCUCCCCCAGGUAGCUGGGCGCAUUUUGGUAGUCCUGUUGACCCUAAUCCAUUAGGUUCUUACAGCAAGUCUCCUGGUUUGGGUCAUGCCAGUCCUACCAAUCAUUUGUCUGGAUUGGCUGCAAUUCUUUCCCCGCAUACAUCAACCUCUCCCAAAAUUGCGCCGAUUGGCAAGGACCCUGGAAGAGUUUCAAAUCAGAUGUUUACUAACUCUGCCAACUCUGGAUCAACACAAGGAGUAGCUUUUCAGCAUUCUAUCUCUUUUCCUGAGAAAAACGUAAACGUAAGUCCUAGGCCUAUAUCUGCUUUUGGUGAAUCGAAUUCAAGUUCAUCGAGUGUUGGUACACUGUCUGGUCCGCAAUUUCUUUGGGGAAGCCCAACUCCUUAUUCAGAGAAUUCAAACACAUCUGCUUGGUCUUCAUCUUCCCUUGGGCAUCCAUUUACAUCUAGUGCCCAAAGGCAGGGUUUCCCAUACACGGGUCAUCGCAAUCCUUUUCUUGGCUCCCAGCACCAUCAUCAUGUAGGAUCUGCUCCAUCUGGCCUUCCUCUUGAACGGAAUUUCAGAUACUUUCCAGAGUCACCUGAUGCUUCACUCAUGAGUCCCAUUGGAUUUGGCAAUUCAAAUCGCGGUGAUGGAAAUUUUAUGAUGAACAUGGGUUCUCGUUCAUCUGCCGGGCAUGGUAUUGGCCUUUCAGCAACUACCAGUGAAAUUGGUUCGCCUAAUUUCGGAAUGAUGUCCCUACCUGGUCAUGGUUCCUUGUUCCUUGGAAAUAGUUUAUAUGCUGGACCAGGAGUAUCUAGCAUUGAGGGAUUUGGUGAACGUGGACGAAGUAGGCGACCUGACAAUAUUGUGAACCAAGUCGAGAGUAAGAAGCUCUACCAGCUUGAUCUUGACAAAAUCGUCAAUGGUGAAGAUACAAGGACUACUUUAAUGAUUAAAAACAUUCCUAACAAGUACACCUCGAAGAUGCUGCUUGCUGCAAUUGAUGAGAAUCACCAAGGGACUUAUGAUUUCCUCUACUUGCCAAUCGACUUUAAAAAUAAGUGUAAUGUGGGUUAUGCUUUCAUCAAUAUGGUCUCUCCUUCACACAUCGUCGCCUUCUUUAAGGCUUUUAAUGGGAAGAAAUGGGAGAAGUUUAACAGCGAAAAAGUUGCUUCACUGGCAUAUGCACGAAUUCAAGGAAAGGCUGCACUUGUGAUGCAUUUUCAGAAUUCCAGCUUAAUGAAUGAGGAUAAGAGGUGUCGGCCAAUCCUCUUUCAUUCAGAAGGCCAAGAUACUAGUGACCAGGAACAUUUUCUAUCCAGCAACUUGAAUAUAUGUAUUCGUCAACCAGAUGGAUCUUACUCAGGUGAUAUGUUGGAGAGCCCCAAAGGCAAUUCGGACGAUAACCUCGAGAGAGAAUAACCUUUUGUUAAAUAUAUUAUUGUUCCUAGGCACCUUACAUAUGUUCUAGGAGUGCUAACUACUGCAUAGCUGAUCCUAAAGGUGUACAAAGUUGAUUCAUAAAAAAAAUAAAAAAAAACGGUGUAUAAAGAUUAAGUGCUGAAUCCAUUUAUCAACAGAAGGGAGACUCUGAAUGUGUUAAUAGUUGUUAAUAGUUCAUAAUAAUAAUCUUCAGAAAAAUGCAGAAACCAAGAUGUGUAGAGAAACAAUUGUGUUAUAACAUCAGAGGAAAAGAAUAACUUGGAAUUCGAGGUGUAUUGCGGGAUGGUAAAUUUCUACAGCAGCAUGCAUGGCAGAUUGUGCAGGAUGAUGACUCUAUCUGUAAUUUGUUAUUUUUUUUCUGGUCUUUUGAGGAAUUUUACUAUGUACAUGUAUCCAACAAAUUUCCAUUUUAUGGUAAAUGUUUGUAUAUAAGGGAAAAAAAUGAACUAUGCUGUUUGAAAUUGUUGGUCAAAAUGUGAAUGUACAUGUCUGUAAAGAUAUGAAUCAGUUUCAUCAGAAUGUUAGUGAAAGUCUCAAUACAUUGUAAAAUUGGAGGUACUUUUAAGCAUUAUUUUAUUUAACUUA